AUGGGUCUUUUCAAACGCAAUUCCAAAAAUUCCGUGCAGAGUGACAAGGAUGAAGAUGACUCCUUUGUUUCGGUCAACAGCGCCCGUACAUCCAACACAUCGCUCCGAUCGCCGGGGUACAAGGGCAGUGGUCUACCAGCAUCCAUCCCCGAAAUUCCCGUUGCAAGACCGCCCGACCCUGCAUUGGACCCGGCAGCCUAUCUUCGCAGCAUCCACUCCGUGCGCGAACGCGCCAAGAUCGUCCUAGAUGCCGCGAAACGCAAUCAGUUGCACCACUUCGAUGUGGACAUGACCAAAUUCAAGGCCACGGCGCAAUAUGUGGUCUCAAUAAUCAAGCGGGAUUAUGCGCCCGACUAUCAAAAUAUUCCUCCCCACGGCCGUUGGCAACACUUUGACGUUGGUGGCCGGCCACGGAUCAACCAACUUCUUCAAUCAUGGCCAAGCAGUGUCGACUCACAGGAACGGACUCGGCGUCUUAUCGACCUCUUUGUGGUGUCGGUGUUGCUCGACGCGGGCGCGGGCACAAAAUGGUCCUACAAAUCCAAAGAAUCCGGCAAAGUGUAUUCUCGCAGUGAGGGUCUGGCGGUCGCCAGUCUGGAGAUGUUCAAAGCCGGACUUUUCAGCAGUGAUCCCUCAGAACCGUGCCAGGUGGACGCCGCCGGUCUCAGGAAAAUUACGGUGGAGAAGCUGGCCAAAGGGAUGCAGCAUUCAGAGCAGAACUCGCUGGCCGGCAUUGAAGGACGUGCGGGGCUGUUGGUGCGACUCGCAGAGGCGUUGAAUCGCCAGGAUUUCUUCGGCGUAGACGCAAGGCCAGGAAAUAUGCUUGACUACUUGCUAGGCCAUCCGUCAACAUUGGCCUCCUCAGUACCUAUCGUGCCGAUCACGACUCUCUGGUCGGUUCUAAUGGACGGAUUUUCGUCAAUCUGGCCGCCCUCCAGAACACAGAUCGAUGGCAUCGCCAUUGGCGAUGCCUGGCAAUGCUCGCUUCUACCACAGCCACCUGCAGUUCCCGCCUGGGAAGGAAUUAUCCCCUUCCACAAGCUGACGCAAUGGCUGUGCUAUUCGAUCAUGGUGCCCAUGUCAAAACUGAUGGCUAUUCAUUUUGCGGGUAGCGAUCUGUUGACUGGUCUGCCAGAAUACCGAAACGGAGGUCUGCUGAUUGACAUGGGUCUUCUCAGCCUCAAGAGAGCCGACAUGGAGCGUGGUCUUCAGUCCUUCAAGGAGAAUGCACAGAUCAAGGGUCAGCCCAACAUGGAAGUCGUACCCCUCUUCUCCACAGACGACAGUGUCAUCGUCGAGUGGAGAGCUGCCACCGUGGGCUUCUUGGAUGAGCUCUUAGUCGAGGUCAAUCGACAGCUAGGCCUCACUAAUACCGAAGACCAACUUACUCUGGCGCAGAUGCUCGAGGCUGGUACAUGGAAGGGCGGGCGUGAGAUUGCCGAGGUUUCAAGGCCUAACACCAAGGAGCCGCCUAUCAUGAUCCGGUCGGACGGCACGGUAUUUUAA